AGUUGCGACUUGCGCCCCCUCCUCCAUCACGCGGAUUGCGCGUGACUACUGUAGCGUCUAACCUAGUUUGCCCCCUCUAUCAAAUCGGCGGCGGCGCUUCCUCGUCUCUACCCGAGAGAGAGAGACAGAGAGAGGAGAGGCGUAGCCAUGGCGUGGGAGGAGGAGGGGGUGGAAGACGAGCACGAGGAGGAGAUGGAGGCGUCGGAAGAGGAGGAGGAGGAGGAUGUUGUGGUGGGGCAGAUGCCGACGGUCAUGGUGCCGAAGCACAUCAAUAAGCGCGCCCUCAAGAACAAGGCCCUCUCCGUCUCCCUCGACAAGAAAGCCCUCAAGGAUUUCGUGACUGGGUUUCACAAGAGGAAGAAGAAGAGAAGAAAAGAGGCGAAUAAGAUUACGCAGGAGAAGGAGAGACGGAGGCGAAUCGAGGCGCGCAAGAAGAGAAAACAAGAGAAAGAGAUCGCUCUCUAUGGUAAAGUCCUGUCAUCAGAUAAUGCUGACGGUGAUGGUGAUAAUGAUGGUGGUGAGAUGGAUGAAGAUUUAUCUGCAGCUGCACCUGAAAUCAAAACGUACGAAGAUGGCAGGACUAGAAUAACAGUAGUGACCAGUGAAAUUACUCAUGAAGACGAAGACCUUGGCCCAAAACGUGUUGCGCCUGCAUCAACGAGCUUUGCGAACAAGAGUUCUGUCGCAGCUAGUGCCAAGAAGAACCCCAGUUUAGGUGUGAAGAGGAAGCCAGCAAAGAGAACAAUGAGGAGCAAAAGCAAAGGGAAGAAGAAGGGUGACAAGAAGCGAACAGACACGAGUAGACGGAAGAACAAAGGGUAGAUUUGUCCUCUGUAGAAUUGUGUAUGCCUGUGGGCAGCUUGAGUUGCAUUUUAAGAUAUAGUGGAUACUCCGUUCCUGAUCGAUCAUCCAUGUGAGGAUCACGUGCUCAGUUAAAUUGAGCCAUUUUGACAAUCUUACGGAAGUAUGCCUAUUAUUUUUCUCACCGUAGCCAGCAUACCUUGCAUCAUUCUUUUCAA